GUGCCAAUGAUGGAUGAAGCUAACUCAAUACCAACGAGGGAUGAAGCUAACUCACACUCAAUACCAAUGAUGAUGGAGGUAAACCAGGGGGUGGAAGAAGGUUUUGCUUCUAAUCAGCCACCACCUAUGACUGAAUCUACACCAGCGGUUGUGACCUCUCAAGAGCAGACUAGUGCAGCUGAUCAACUUCCACCGUUACCUUCCCAAAAAAAGAGAAAACCGAUUAGGAAACCAAGUGAGGUAUGGAAUCACUUUGAACAAUAUCAAACUGGUAAUACUUCUGAACCUAUUAGGGUUAGAUGCAAGUAUUGCAAAACUGCUGACUAUAAAUAUGAUCCAGCAACUUGUGGGACAUCAAGUUUGAGAACUCAUAUUACCAAUUUAUGCAAAAAAUACCCAUAUAGGGUGCCUGGUUCAAACCAAAAGGUCCUAACUUUUGCCAAGGACCAAGAGGGAAUAUUCCACCAGUUGAGGAGGAUUGGGCAAAUGCUGUUGUCUUUGUCAAGUUUUUAA